AUGUCCUCUGAAGAGAUAAUUCAACGAAAGGCUUUGGGAAGAGCUGCUGAAAUCGGAUUUCUCUACGAUGCUACGAGGGAUAUUUUUUGUGGAUCUUCUAUAUUUAAAACAGAACCGUCAUCUAAUAUGAUAAGAAUAAUGGAUACUCCUCAUACUGACUUAAAAUACGAAUAUGAAGAUUCCUACAAAGAAAAAUUUAGUAUGUUAGAUGUUGAAGCUCAAUUAAAAAUGAGUGUUCUUUCGGGUUUGUCUCCUUUGGAAGGAUCAGGAAAGUAUCUAGGAGAUAUGAAAAAUGAAUCUAAGUCUGUAAGAGGUUCUUUAAUGUUUAAAUUUAUAUCAAUAGAAGAAAAUUUGAAUAUUAAACAUGAUGAUAUUCUUACGUAUAUUUCCGAGAACACACUUAAUGUACCAGGUGCUACACAUGUUGUAACAGGAAUAAAAUGGGGAAGCACUGUUAUUGCAUCAUUUGAGUAUGGGAAAAUAAAUGAAAAAGAUAUUUUACAAGUUAAAGGAGAUCUUAAAGCUAACCUUGAAAUGCUUUCGCCAUAUAUUCCUACCCCUCAAGGGACCGGAGAUGUUCAUAAUGUUAAAAAAGAACAAACUAAUAUUAAGAAUCGAUUUUCUAUAAAAAUUUUUGGAGAUGUUAUUCCUGAUGAUAAAAUACUUCCUCAAUCCUUCGAUGAAGCAAAAAAAAUAAUGGCCGAACUACCAUCAUAUGCUAAAAAAUAUAAUCACGGAAAAGGUGUUCCGGUUGAACUUAAACUUUAUCCAUUGUCUAAACUUGCAAGGCAGCUUAAGCAAAAUCUCACUAUCAGUUGUAUGAUAACAGAAUUAAAUGAAGAAAUAAUUUUAAAAGUAGAACAAGUUUUUGAUAAAUUUUUAAAAUCUAAAAAAAUGCUCAACGAUUUAUAUAAUGAUGCACAAAUUAUCUCUGAUUAUAUACAAUACGAAACUUUAGACCAAAUCGAAAAACAUGUGCAACAUGUUGAAAUAGAGGAGACAAAUAUCAGAAAAGAACUCGCAGAUUGUCUUGUUGAAAUACGUUCUGGUAAAUGUGAUAUUAAUGAGAUUGAGAAAAAGAUAACUAAAUUUCAGGAAAGCAUUCUAUCUAAGGAAUCUAUUACUGCAUUUACUAAAAAAUACAAAAGUGUACAAGAAAAAGCCAACUUAAUCUUCAAUUUGAAGACAAAAAAUGUAGAGUACGUUGAAAAAGAUGCAACAAUUAACUACAUUCUACAGAUAUAUCAGGACUAUGAAGUCUAUAUUCUUCUUGAUAAUGAUGAAUAUAUCGUUGGUGGUAAUUCGUCACCAGAAUAUACUAAAUUUCAAGACUUAUUUAAAAAUUCAAAUGAUAUUUCUUGCAAAUUUUUAAUAGCAGAACUUAAAAUAUGUACGAGAAUAGAAGGGCCUGGAUAUCCAAUUAUUCUUCACUAUAUCAAGGGAAAGCCAGCACAUGAUAGCUACAGUUUUGUUGAUGAGGAAAUAAACAUAUUGCUGCUAGGUGAAGUCGGAGUAGGAAAAUCUACAUUUAUUAAUACAUUUGCGAAUUAUUUUACAUUUAAUUCAUUAGAUGAUGCAAAGUCUAAAGAAAGAGUUUUAAUUCCGUCUGAGUUCAUAAUAACAGAUAGCCAUGACAAAAAAGCCAAAUUUAUAAAAAUAGGUGAAAAUAAUUUGAACGAACAAUUUACAAACAAAGAAACAUCGUCUACUAAGAGUUGUAAAAGUUACGUGUUCCAUGCGGCCAAUAAAGUAAUAAGAUUAAUAGAUACUCCUGGUAUACAUCAAGAUGCAAAGAAUUUUGAAAAUAUCUUGGCACAUAUUUCACAUUUUCAAUACUUAAAUGGAAUUUGCAUCCUUCUUAAAUCAAAUAAUACACAAUUAACUUUAACAUUAAAUAUUGUACCUUUGAUACUUUCACAUUUCUCAGGAAGUGCAAAGGACAACAUUGUUUUUUGCUUUACUAAUUCUAGAGAAACAUCAUACUAUCCAGGGAAUAUUUUACCACCACUUAAAAAGCAACUUAGCAAUCUUUUUCAUAAAUCUGGUAUUGAAAUCAAGGCUCUAAAAGAUACAAUUUAUUGUCUUGAUAAUGAAGCUUUUAGAUUUUUAGCAGCAUUUAAAGAAAAUAUAUCUUUUAAUGUUGAAGAAAGUUUUGCGAUUAGUUGGAAAACUUCAGUGCAUGAAUUAAUUCGACUUGUACAAUUUCUUACAAGUCGUCCACCUCACAAAGUCAAAGAGACAAUAUUGUUUAACAAAGCUAGGAAAAUAGUUAAAUAUCUUGAAAAAGAUUAUAUCACAAUUAAUAAAAGAACAGAUGAUGCAGAACAACUCCAGAAAAUGUUAAAGGAAGAAAAGAUUAUAGUCGAAAUUAAAGAGAUAUUUGAUUUAUUAUUAAACAAAAAUUCAAUAGUAACUAUAAAUGAAAAUAAAGAAUUCAAAUGUUCAGAAACGUUUGAUAAAAAAGGUUCUAAUACUUUACUUUCAUUAAGUAAUAUAGAUGAGCUUGAAAAAAAAUUAUAUAAUUUGCCGAUAUAUGGCCGAGAUUUAUAUAAAAUGUUUGAAGAAAAUUUUAAGCAGGAGAAUAGACAAUUUAGCUAUUUAGAAAAUCACUGUGAGCUUCCUGAAAAUAAUAAUGCAUUAAAAUCCUUAUUUUUCAACAA